CAGAGCCUCUUGCAUAAACGGACUGUGGCUGAAUUGGCAGUAACUGUCAAAAGAACUGAGAAACAACUGAAAGGUUGACCUCAUAAAGUGGAUUAUUUGUAUUCAAGGUGUCCUGCUAUUUUUUCGGGAACCAUUUUUUUCUCGCUGUUCUGUCCACCACUGGCCUGUAUAAGCAGCACUGAUGUCGGUGACCAGUGACCUCAGCAGCAUUCUGACCGACGCCAACUGGACAAUGUAUCAGAUCGGGGCACUGGAGCCCCAGCCCGCUCCGCCCUCAGUGUCCGUUCCGGUCAUGAGGGAGGCGCAGCCAGCCACCGCGCAGUUUGCCCCCGACUUCCAGGGGUCCCUAAAAUGGUACCAGGUGGCCCCUCAGUACUGGACCAAGCAGAACGUUCUGGAGUGGAUCAGCUUCCACGUGGAGGAGAGCAAGUUCGAUGCCAGCACGCUGACCAUGGCCAACUGCUCCAUAGAUGGCCCCUUCCUGUGCCAGCUCUCCCGCGACUCGCUGGUCUCCAUGUUCGGGUCCCUGGGUGACCGGCUGUACCAGCACCUCUUGGAGCUCAAGGCCAAAUACGGCGCGGAUGAUCUGAACGCAACCUACGACCUGCUCAACAACCUCUUUGAUGAAUUCCCAGAGUUCCUGAAUGUGCAUGGAGGAGAUGACUUCAAACUGCUGAGCACUGUCAUUGUGCAUGAAGAGGAAAGUGGCAACGAUGGGCUGAACAUGAUGGGGGCUUCGACACCCUUAAGUGACAAUGGAUAUGAAUCUGGGUCCACUUCGCCCGACAGCCUGGACAGCUCCAAUUCAGAAAUGGCGGGCUUCCUCAACCCCAGCUCGCCCGACUAUGGAGGAAGUGACUCCGACCCAGAGCUCACAGACCUGCGAUUCCAUCACACUGCAAAGGCGUUCAUCAAGACGGAGGAAGGAGAGCUGAAGGCUUGCAAGAGAAGGGGACGACCCAGAAAAUCCAGCCGAUCCGACUACUGCAUUGAGGCCAAGAAAAACAAGCACUCCCCGCGAGGCGCGCACCUCUGGGAGUUUAUCCGCGACAUCCUGAUCCACCCGGAGCAGAACAACGGGCUGAUGAGGUGGGAGGACCGCCGCGAGGGGGUCUUCAAGUUCCUCAAGUCGGAGGCUGUGGCCCAGCUCUGGGGCCAGAAGAAGAAGAACAGCAGCAUGACCUACGAGAAGCUCAGCCGCGCCAUGAGGUACUACUACAAGAGGGAGAUCUUGGAGAGGGUGGACGGUCGGCGCCUGGUGUACAAGUUCGGGAAGAACUCCAGCGGGUGGAAGCUGGGGGAGGCGGGGGUUAGGAUGUGAGAUGUGAGAGGGACUCCUGGAGGCGUGCAUUAAUGAGAAGGAGCCCUAGAGGGGAGCCCUUAGAGGUCCUCAGGCAGUGGACAGCCAAGGAUCCUGAGGACACACAGACCCGACUGCUCAUAUCCUCCCGUGCCAGAGGGAGGUGUUUGCAGUAGCAAGUAAGCCAUUAUGGCUAAAGUAGGUUGUAUGAACCAAUUAUGAAGUUGCAUUUUUUUUUUGUAUUUUCAGUGCUCUCUGUAUGAAUUAAACAUGUAGCCUAGAAGUCUAAUGUUGUUGGUUAGAGCUCCAGAGCCCUUGCGGCGGGCUGGCGUUUCAUUGCCUGCUCCUCUGUCAGCUACUGACACUAUGUUUCCGCCACCUCCGCCAUCUCUGCGCAGGGAUGUCACUCACUCAGGUUACACCUCAGCUCCCAUAAAAGACAAUGUCAAGAUGGAAAGCAAGCAGUCAAACUCAGCUUUUUGUGUAGCUCUCUAGGUAUUUCUGUUUAAGUAUGUUAAAACCUCAGGCAAUCACACCGGGAAUGUUGAAGCGGACGGACCAACGGGAAAGUUUUUAAUCAGUAAAAACUGAAAUGAAGUUCAAGGAAAAACAGCAGGAGUUAGAGGCAGGUUGAAGUGGAUGCAGUGAUACUACCAAUUAUGUUAUGACAUGAAGUAGAUUAAUUCAGCAGGGAUUUUGUGUACUUUCUAAGUAUAUUUUCUUUGUAACCAUACAUCGGUAUAUUUUGUAAAUAAGGACCAAAGUUCAAGAGGUUAUGAAUCAAUUGCUUGUGUU